CUACCUCCUCCUCCUUUUGCCUCAUCCCAUCUCCACACUCCCUUCUCCAUGAAAAGUUCCGAUCCUUUUUCAUCCACGUCCGACAAUCGUCCGACAAUCCUCCGUCACCGGCGUCUGUCACCCAGUUUUGAUAAAAUCACCCCACUGCAAUACUAAGAUUUCAUUUCAGACCCGGGCGUAAACGACAAAAGUGUCGCGGUUUGACCAACACACCACAGGACACAAUAGCAUCUCUCUCCCUCUCACUAACAACCAACUUUCCAUCCAAAUCCCCGUGACCGAUUCCCAACGCAACCUUUGGGAAGCGGUUCUCUCUCUCUUCUCUCUCUCAUUCAUGGCCACCGCCACGCGCCUGCGGCGUCUGGGAGCCGCGGCGGCAAUCGCGACAGCGGCAAGCGGCGCCUUCCUAAUCCAACCGUCGUUCACCGCCGCAGACCGCGGCGCCGGACACUCUGUCGCGGAGCUUCGGCAGAGGAUCAGCGACCGGAGCGCCUCUGUUCCGCCGAGGGCGGCGCAGGAGUCGGCUCUGAUCGGCGCGAACUCCGGCAACCCUCUCGACAUUCUGGUAAUCGGCGGCGGUGCCACCGGCUGUGGCGUCGCGCUUGAUGCUGCUACCAGAGGCCUUCGAGUUGGUCUCGUUGAGAGGGAGGACUUCUCUUCCGGAACUUCGUCCAGGUCCACCAAGCUACUUCAUGGAGGUGUUCGCUAUUUGGAGAAAGCUGUUUUUAAUCUCGACUAUGGGCAGCUGAAGUUGGUGUUUCAUGCGCUUGAGGAGCGUAAACAGGUUAUUGACAAUGCGCCGCACCUGUGCCAUGCUCUGCCGUGCAUGACACCAUGUUUUGAAUGGUUCGAUGUUGUAUACUACUGGAUGGGGUUGAAAAUGUACGAUUUGGUGGCAGGACUACGCCUGCUACAUGUGUCCAGAUAUUACUCUGCACAAGAGUCUGUUGAGCUCUUCCCGACGCUUGCAAGGAAUGGUAAAGAUAAAAGCUUGAAGGGCACCGUGGUGUAUUAUGAUGGGCAGAUGAAUGAUGCACGUCUUAAUGUUGGAUUGGCGUGCACUGCUGCUAUAGCUGGUGCGGCAGUGCUUAAUCAUGCAGAAGUGAUUUCUUUUCUGAAGGAUGAGGACAGCAAUCGGACAAUUGGUGUGAGAAUCCGAGACAACUUAACAGGAGCAGAGUUUGAUACAUAUGCAAAAGUUGUUGUCAAUGCUGCUGGACCAUUUUGUGAUUCUGUAAGGAAGAUGACUGAUAAAGAUGCAAGACCUAUGAUAUGUCCAAGCAGUGGUGUACACAUUGUACUUCCAGAUUAUUAUUCUCCUGAGGGUAUGGGAUUGAUUGUUCCUAAAACUAAAGAUGGACGUGUUGUCUUCAUGCUGCCAUGGUUGGGACGAACAGUUGCUGGCACCACAGAUUCUAACACAGAGAUUACUCUACUUCCUGAACCACAUGAGGAUGAGAUUCAAUUCAUACUGGAUGCCAUUUCUGAUUACCUUAAUGUCAAGGUACGACGUACUGACGUUCUCUCUGCUUGGAGUGGUAUUCGCCCAUUGGCAACAGAUCCAUCUGCGAAAAACACCGAGAGUAUCUCUAGAGAUCACGUUGUAUGUGAAGAUUAUCCUGGACUUGUCACAAUCACCGGUGGGAAGUGGACUACUUACCGUAGCAUGGCAGAAGAUGCAGUUAAUGCAGCUAUAAAGUCCGGAAAGCUGACCCCAGGAAAUGAAUGUGUAACCUCAAAGCUACAGAUUGUUGGUGGAGAUGGAUGGGACCCUGCAUCUUUCACAGUUAUUGCUCAACAAUACAGGCGCAUGAAGAAGAGUCAUGGUAAAGUUGUACCUGGAGUAAUGGACACUGCAGCAGCAAAGCAUCUAUCCCAUGCGUAUGGUACUUUUGCCGAACGGGUUGCUGCCAUUGCACAGAAUGAAAACUUGGGGAAGCGACUUGCCCAUGGGUACCCUUUUCUAGAGGCGGAAGUUGCUUACUGUGCACGAAAUGAGUACUGUGAAUCAGCCAUUGAUUUUAUUGCUCGGAGAUCUCGGCUUGCUUUCCUUGAUACUGAUGCGGCAGGCAGGGCAUUGCCACGCAUAAUUGAAAUAUUGGCAACUGAACACAAAUGGGACAAAUCAAGACAGAAGCAAGAGUUAGAGAUGGCCCGGAAAUUCUUGGAAACGUUCAAAUCUUCAAAAAAUGCUCAGUUCCAUGAUGGGAAACACAAUUAGUAGUAAGGUUUGUGAGAUCAAUCUUUGUGGAUACAUCAACUGACAGCAAUUUGUCGGCUAAGUCUGGCGCAAUGAAGUAUAAAACUAUAAAUGCCUCUUUCUCCCCAUUUCUUUAAGUUACUCAGCCGAGCAGAAGAGCCGGUGUGCCAUACACAGCAUUUGGUUAUAGUUUUCAAAUAGCUUCAAAAAUUUACUAUUGCUUGUUUUACAGACUUCUGGUCAUCGACCAAAAUAAUUUGUUCAAGAAUAUCAUCUCUCCUCCAGAGUUGGUGUUAUCAAAAUUGAUUCUAAUAGGCAUGGUAUUGGGGUUUUUCAAAUUCCAAUAGGUGUGCUAUUGGGUGUCCCCAUUUUCAAAUUCAGAUUAUAAUGUUGGGAAAAAAAAGAAAAGAAAUCCCAUUUUAUUUAGUCUUUCAAAGUUUCAGUUAUGGUUUGUAACCUGUGAACCAGAAGGAUCAUAAUAAAGUGGUUUCUUUGGUUUCCUU